UCAAUUUUGACAUUGUGUAAGGCGCGUGUUCGCGGUUUCUGAAAGUUGUGGCGUCAAUAUGGGCCGAAAAUCCGUUGACCGGAAAAAGCUGCUAACAGCAGCAAACAAAGAAAAUUUAAAGUUUUUGGACGAAGCUGAGAUGCCGACUUCGUCGGGUUCCCGCAAAAUCAAGAAAGAGGGCCUAGAAAGAGCGGUUUCUGAUAAGAAAACCAAACGUUCUAUCAAAAAUCAGCCGAUAAAAAAACGCGCCAUUGACAAUAUCCUGGUGGACUGGGAUGAUGAACGACAAAUCUUCUGGAACAAAUCUUCUGGGAAACCAUUGCCCAGCGUAGCAAGUGCUGAAAAUGAUAAAAACGAUACGGGAGUCAAGCCAGUUUCUCCAAUCCGUGUACGCACCACGGAAAUGAACGAUUAUGGGGUUUUUGGAACAAUGCCCUUCGAGGCCGAUUCGGAUUCCGAAAUAAUGAUGGUGACCAAAUCGGACAACCAUCCUACUUACCCUUCAAAAUCAAAAGAUAUUCCUCUGGAAGGAACGGAAACGCUCGACAGUCUUAUUGAGGAGCCUGAAGGGCCAAUACUUAUAUUUACAAUCGAAUUCAAUGCAAAAUAAAAAAAAAUGUCUAAGAGCCUUCCGUCAUCCACCACUGCGAUUAAGGAGCAUGCUACCGGCGAUUUAGAAAUGCAUUUUGGCACAGCUUAAGAAAACCCUUGGGAAACCAAAUAGCCAUGAAUUCCUCUCAUUUUGGAAAACUUAGGAUUUGUGCUGGAGGACUAGGCCGCGGCCGUAGGUAAUAGUGUGUGAAAUAAUUUCU